AUGCCACUGCAGGUGGCUAUCAAGCACAUUAACAUCCAGAAAGAGGCAGAGGUGGUUCUCCUGAGUGAAAUCAGGUUCAUCAAGGGCAACAAGAGCCCAAACCUUGUCAACUACUUAGACAGCUACAUGGCAGGUGAGGAGCUGCUGAUUGGGAUGGAGUACCUGGAUGGAGGGUCCUUGGCCGAUGUUGUCCUGGAGAUGUGGAUAGAGGAAGAGCAGACAGCAGCCAUCUGUAGGGAGUGUCUGCAGGGCCUGGACUUCCUGCACUCCAACAGCAUCGUCCACCGUGACAUCAAAAGCUACAACAUCCUGCUGGGCAUGGACGGGGCCGUCAAAGUGGCUGACUUUGGACUCUGUGUUCAGCUCACCUGCGAGAAGAGCAAGAUGAGGGAGUGCGUUGGGACCCCUCACUGGAUGGCGCCAGAGGUGGUUAAGAGGGAGCCUUAUGGUCCCAAGGUGGACAUUUGGUCCCUUGGGAUCACUGCCAUCGAGAUGGCAGAAGGAGAACCACCUUACAGCCACGAACAAUACAGCAGGGUGGGAACCCUGAUAGCCACCAAGGGGAGCCCAGAGCUGCAGAACCCAGGGCAGCUGUCAGCUGAGCUGCUGGACUUCCUGCAGCACUGCCUGGAGGUGGAUGUGCAGAGGAGAUGGUCUGCCAAGGAGCUUUUGGAGCACCCGUUUGUGACCGCAGCCGGACCUGUGUCCUGCCUGGUUCCUCUGAUCGUGGCAGCCAAGGAGGCCAGGCAGGCCAGGCAGUAG